UGGGCCGCGUCCCGGCGGAAGCGUGAGGGACCGAGCAGGGAACGGCGGCGGGAGCGGGGCUGGCGCCGCAGCAGCAGACGUGCCGCAGGGCGGGAGACACGGCUGCCACCACGGAGUCCGCCAACAGCAACACCGCGGCGGCCACCGCCGCUUCGCGGGCCGCGGGCGCUGGGGACCAGGCAACCUCGCUGCCCCCGCCCAGGAUGCAGCGCAGGAAGAGGAACGCGGGCAGCAGCUCGGAUGGCACCGAGGACUCGGAUUUCUCCACGGACCCCGAGCACACGGACAGCUCCGAGAGCGACGGCACCUCCCGCAGAUCCGCCCGCGUCACCCGCUCCUCGGCACGGCUCAGCCAGAGCUCCCAGGACUCCAGCCCGGUGCGGAACCCGCCGGCGUUCGGGCCGGACGAGCCAGUGUACUCCACGCGGAGGGUGACCCGCAGCCAGCAGCAGCCAGCUCCUGUCACCCCCAAGAAGUACCCGCUGCGACAGACCCGCUCCUCCGGCUCCGAGACCGAGCAGGCCGUGGACUUCUCGGACAGAGGACACCUGACUGGGAAGCACGAGCGCCACUUCUCCAUCUCGGGCUGCCCUCUCUACCACAACCUAUCAGCAGAUGAGUGCAAGGUGCGAGCGCAGAGCCGGGACAAGCAGAUUGAGGAGCGGAUGUUGGCCCACAGGCAGGACGACAACAACAGGCACGCCACCAGGCACCAGGCCCCCACAGAGAGGCAGCUGCGGUACAAGGAGAAGGUGGCUGAGCUCAGGAAGAAGAGGAACUCGGGGCUCAGCAAGGAGCAGAAGGAGAAAUACAUGGAGCACAGGCAAACCUAUGGCAACACCAGGGAGCCUCUCCUGGAGAACCUGACCAGCGAGUACGACCUGGAGCUGUUCCGCAGGGCUCAGGCCCGCGCCUCCGAGGACCUGGAGAAGCUGAGGCUGCAGGGGCAGAUCACCGAGGGCAGCAACAUGAUCAAGACCAUCGCGUUCGGGCGCUACGAGCUGGACACGUGGUACCACUCGCCCUACCCCGAGGAGUACGCGCGCCUCGGGCGCCUCUACAUGUGCGAGUUCUGCCUCAAGUACAUGAAGAGCCAGACCAUCCUGCGCAGGCACAUGGCCAAGUGUGUCUGGAAGCACCCCCCGGGAGACGAGAUCUACCGCAAGGGCUCCAUCUCCGUGUUCGAGGUGGACGGCAAGAAGAACAAGAUCUACUGUCAGAACCUGUGUCUGCUGGCAAAGCUGUUCCUGGACCACAAAACCCUUUAUUAUGAUGUGGAACCCUUCCUCUUCUACGUCAUGACGGAGGCUGACAACACUGGCUGCCACCUGAUCGGGUAUUUCUCCAAGGAGAAGAAUUCCUUCCUCAACUACAACGUGUCCUGCAUCCUGACCAUGCCCCAGUACAUGAGACAAGGCUAUGGCAAAAUGCUCAUUGACUUCAGCUAUUUGCUGUCUAAAGUAGAAGAAAAAGUUGGCUCCCCUGAGCGUCCCCUGUCUGACCUGGGCCUGAUCAGCUACAGGAGCUACUGGAAGGAAGUUCUGCUGCGGUACCUGCACAACUUCCAGGGCAAGGAGAUCUCCAUCAAAGAGAUCAGCCAGGAGACCGCCGUGAACCCCGUGGACAUCGUCAGCACCCUGCAGGCCCUGCAGAUGCUCAAGUACUGGAAGGGCAAGCACCUGGUCCUCAAGAGACAGGACCUGAUUGAUGAGUGGAUCGCCAAGGAGGCCAAGAGGUCCAACAGCAACAAGACCAUGGAUCCCAGCUGCCUGAAGUGGACCCCUCCCAAGGGCACCUAAGUGUCCCCGCCAGCGUCCCCGGCAGAGAGGCGCCGCAGGGGUCCGUGCGGUGCCGUGGUGAUGGCUGCUGCAGUGUCCCCAGGCCGGGUCACCCCCGGGCUGGCCCGGCCUGGCCCUGUGUCCCCACAGUUCUGAGGAACUCGGAUGUUUCGGCCUCAGUGAGGCCGCGAGGACUGGAAGCGGCUGGGAGCCCCGGGGAGCUGAGGAGCUCUGACUGCUGGGCCUGUCCCCGUCCCUGCUGUCCUGCUCAGUCCCCCUGUCCCUCCUGCAGCUCCCCGGGCUGCUGGGGUCACCCCUGGCUCUUGGGCAAUGCUGGAAAUGCUUCUCUGGGGCAGCCCUGCCUCCCCCAGCGCCGCGGUGGCGGCAGCGGCGGCUCCUGUCCCGUUCUGUGUCUGAAAUAGCUUUAGUGGGAUCAUCCCCCUGUCCCGGCAGCUUUCCCCAGGAUCCAGCAGAUCUUCACUUAGUUCCUGUUGUACAGCCAGAAUUGCACCUCCUGCACCCGAGGGAGCCACUGGGUGUUCCUGUCAGCCCCUCCUGGAGCCAGCACAGCCCUGCUGGAAGCGCCUCUGGAUUAGAAUUCCCAUUUUUCCUGGUGUGUAUCUCGUGGAAUUGCUGAGUUCCUGUACAUAAACAGCCUGCUGAGUGUAUUCCCCUGGAGAUGUUUUUCCCAGAGCAGCCUUCCUGGAAUUGCAGGUCCCUUUUUACUGGUUUUUUUUCCCCCUCCAGGCUGAAGGAAUCCAAACUUUGGCCUUUUCCAAAGAGCCACAGGAACUCCCAGCACCAAUUCCAGGAGCUGUUGGGCUGCUGUGCUCCAGGGAGGGAUGGAUUCCCUGGCAGGGAAAAAAAAACCCCUUUUGAUUCCUCCCUCCCAUCAGCAGAGAUAUCCCAAAUGGCCUCCCAGUAAAACCACUGUCCUCGUGCCACCUUCCCUGUGUGGCUCCAGUGUCACCGGCAGAGGGGACAGCCCUGGGAAGGGGCUGAAUUCCCUGGUCCCAGGGCUGAAUUCCCUGAUUCCAGUGCUGAUUUCUGAGAUCCCAGUGCUGAAUUCCCUGAUCCCAGUUCUGAAUUCCCUGAUGCCAGUGCUGGCUUCCUCCAUCCCAGUGCUGAUUUCAGUGAUGCCCGUGCUGAUUUCAGAGAUCCUAGUGCUGGAUUCCCUGAUCCCAGUGCUGGUUUCCUCCAUCCCAUUGCUGAUUUCAGAGAUCCCAGUGCUGGAUCCCCUGAUGGCAGUGCUGAAUUCCCUGAUUCCAGUGCUGGUUUCCUCCAUCCCAUUGCUGAUUUCAGAGAUCCCAGUGCUGGAUCCCCUGAUGGCAGUGCUGAAUUCCCUGAUCCCAGUGCUGGUUUCCUCCAUCCCAGUGCUGAUUUCCUCCAUCCCAGUGCUCCCUCGGGGAACAGGCUGUGAAAUGAAGCACUCCUGGGAAGGUGGGAGCCAUUCCCAUUAACCACUGCCCCAUCCUGACUGGAAAAGUUCCCUGCUGCUCCUCUGGUUCCCUGCCUUUCUCCUGGAGCCCCGAAGCAGCGCCAGCCCCUCACUGCUCCUGGGCGUUCCUGGCUCCUGCUGUCCCUGCUCGUCCCCACGGCCAUUCCCAGGAAUGUCCCGGGCAGUGGCUCUGGAGCAGGGACGGGCCAGGCCGUGCUGCUGCUCCCGUCCCUGCUGCUCCUGUCCCCCCCCUCAAUAAAAGCAUGUUCCUGACCUGC